AUGGAGUUGACCCCUCAAUCCACUCGGUCCCCAACGCCGUCUUUCACAUUCUCAGGCAACUCACAGCCACUCUUUGAAUAUCCUUCACCGGCUCAAAGUGACUCGAGGUACAGAUCGACGGAUUGUGGUCAAAGCUUGGGACUCUAUUCUUGCUCUAUGUCAGGAUCUCCUCCAGUAAUGGAGCAUCAGGAUGCUAGCUCGGAGUCAGGAGGCCCCUCGUCAGUCACCACCAACAACUGGGCAGACGCCACUUUACAAAGCCGUGAUACGCCUAGGUCAUCAAGGUCAACGCCUAACAUCCUUUCCGCGGAGUAUGAUCCCUUUGCCUCCUAUCCGGCAGUAUCAGCUCCUUACAGUAAUGAUAUAUAUACCACCUCCCAAAUUGUCGAACAUUCCAAUCUUCCAGCUUCUCCACUUCACUCCAGCAAUAUCUCUCAACGCUCUUCACUUUCUUCCGCCCCACGUUCAGGUAUAUUCACUCAAGCCGGAUCGAAUCAUUCUUACACUCCACAUAUCAAGAUGGAAGACCAUUCGGAAUAUGCUCCAAGCGGUGAUUCUUUUACAUUAGGCUCCCCUCACAAUAUCAACACUCCAUUUGUGAGUGCCGCAGCUCCCUAUCCAGGGACUCUCGAGACAUCAUACUACGACCAAUCUCCAUGGGCUGAAAAAGUUGAAUACACAUCUACUGAUUUACCACCAUUCUCCGCGCUUCAAAUUCCAACUUAUGACAGACGAUCCGAAAGUCAGGAUGGAUCACCAUCACAAGAUCUUCGACGUCCAAGUGUAGUAGCACGGACGAGGGGACCUCGAAAACUCACCACCAAGGAAGAUGCAAACUUCCAGUGUCGUGUCAAAGGAUGUGGAAAGCUCUUUGGUCGUAGCUAUAAUUACAAAGCCCAUAUGGAAACUCAUGAUGCGGAUCGCGAGUAUCCAUUUCCAUGUGUUGUGGAUAACUGCACCAAGAAAUUUGUUCGAAAGACAGAUUUACAACGUCACAACCAGAGUGUUCACAUGAAGCAACGAAAUUACAAAUGUGAUUAUUGCAGCAGAUUCUUUGCAAGAAAAGACACACUUAGAAGACACAUGGAAGAUGGCUGUUCCAAACGCUUCGACAUUACAACCGUCGAUUUCAAACCGCAAAACUAUGCCAUAGACGACAACCCAAUGAACCCACUAAAACUAGUACUUCCACCUUAUUCAGACCACCAUAUGGUACGAGAUCCAUCUUACAUUCAAAACUCCCACUAUUCGUCGCCCCCACACAGCGGAAACUCCAUUCACGUGUCUCACAAUGCUAUCGUCAGUCCUCUCACAUCAGCCUCAUCGGGGGCUCCAUAUCUCGAAAGACAUGAGUACAUGACUACGGGCUCGGAACAUCAUGAUCAAGAGCCUGUGUGGAGCAAUUGA